AUGAUCGAAUUUGGGAUACCCACAGCAGCAUUGGCUGUUAAUCGCCGCCUUUAUGUCAUCUUCCGCAUUCCACCAUCGAAAUCACAACUCCUGCAAUCUCCAGCUCGCAGACGCAACAUGAUCUUGGUUGAUUUAGCCAUUUGUCUGCUGCCCCUUGUUCCCUAUAUCGCUUUGCCCUUCGCUGCCCAGGUCAAUUCGCCGCGACGCUUUGACAUUCUGGCCACUGUAGGUUGCAUACCAGCAUUCGAGGAUAACAGGCCCAAUUACGUCAUGAGGUAUGGCGUCCAAGGGCUUGUUAUUUUUGCGGCGUUGGGUUACGGCCUACUUUCUGCCAAAGCCGCUGCCCGCGGCGGCGCGAGUCCUCGAAUCUUCAUCAACGAUGCUGCAGCACAACAUCGUGAUCUAAGCUUUUGGCGUUAUGUUCGGACCACUAUUUUCGCUAGCGGAGGACUAAUCGCAUGCGUCCUCCCGUCAACAUGUCUUGCCGUUGCAGCCCUUCCAACGCUUGCAGCAGUUGCUGGAGUUCGACAUGGUCAAGUCAAACUCGAGGACUGGACUGCCAGCUUUACGGCCCAGACAUCAGUGGAAUUUGCCCGAUGGUCGAUGGGGCCAGUCUACGCGCUUUUCGCCUUCGCUCUUUUGGGGACUGGGAAAGACGCUUGGCUCUGCUAUUCCAGGUUGUAUAGCGCGAUGCGAUUUCCCCGCCGUUCGAGCAGCACAACAGUGGGAGUCAGCAACAUCGAGUUGCCAACCAUUCCUGGACUGUCGAUCCCGCCCAAGGUUCAAUAUGGAACCAGCCGUCCUCUCUCCUUGAGCGGCCCAUCGACAACAAUCUUCGUGGGAGAUCUGGGAAGAAAAGUGCCGGAAUUCCGGAGCAGCUUAGGCACGUAUUCGAGUCACGACGAGUCCGAGUAUAACGUCUCCAGCAACUCGAGCAUGGAAAGUGGUAAAUUUGGGCACGGACGGGAAAAGGAUGUCGCAGUUCUUGAUUGGAGGGAAAAGAAUUUCCCUGAAAGAGCUGAAAGUCCAAUCGGUGGACCAACAAUGCUGCCAACUGUUCUUCCUCUACGGAUUACGAGGACUGGGAGAGUUGGUGCGAAUCAUCCCCAGCAGAUACCAGCGGCGUUGGUAGGAAGAAAAAUUGCGUGA